CCCUCCAGCUCCCUCUCACUCCGGGUAGACUCACAACCGCAGACAUGGCUCCGUGAAGCGACACAUGGCAGCUAGCAGCCAUGAGCCCCAAAACAACUCACGAUGCCUAAAUAGCAGCCUUAUUACGUUAAUUCCUAAAUUAUUCAACUCCUGCAAUAACCACAGCUACAAACCGGUGUUCAGUCACAGUCAAUGGGAGAGGCGCACUGCAACCCCUUUCGGUUAAAUAUCCUCUGAUAUUUUGCUUCUUUUUUUUAAACACUCACUUCGUCUUUUCUAACAGACGCGCAACAUGGGUGUUCAAGGUUUCCAAGAGUAUAUUGAAAAGCACUGCCCCAGCGCGGUGGUGCCGGUGGAGCUCCAGAAGCUGGCCCGGGGUAGUAUGGUUGGGGGCGGCCGGCAAAGAUCCCCUCAGAGUCCGUUGAGACUGCUGGUGGACGCCGAGAACUGCCUCCACCGGCUCUACGGAGGCUUCUACACCGACUGGGUCAGCGGGGGCCAGUGGAACCACAUGCUGGGCUACCUGGCCGCACUCUCUAAGGCCUGCUUCAACGGCAACAUUGAGCUACUUGUGUGUUUCAAUGGCGCCCUGGAGAAAGGCCGUCUUCACGAGUGGGUCAAGCGACAGGUAAACGAGAGGCAGACCGCCCAGCAGAUCAUCAGCCACGUCCAAAACAAGGGCACCCCGCCGCCUAAAGUGUGGUUCCUCCCUCCCGUGUGCAUGGCCCACUGCAUCCGACUGGCGCUCCUCAGGUUCCGCGUCGGGGUUGUUCAGAGCAUCGAGGACCACCACCUGGAAGUGAUAGCCUUAUGCAGGGAGACCGGUUUCCAUGGCCUGGUGGCCUAUGAUUCAGACUACGCUCUGUGCAACAUCCCAUACUACUUCAGCGCCCACGCCCUCAAACUGAGCCGCAACGGCAAAAGCCUCACCACCAGCCAGUACCUGAUGCACGAAGUGGCACGGCAGCUUGAUCUCAACCCAAAUCGUUUUGUCAUUUUUGCAUCACUGUUAGGAAAUCACAUACUGCCUGAUGAAGACUUGGCUGCCUUUCACUGGAGCUUACUUGGUCCAGAGCACCCAUUAGCAUCUUUGAAGGUGCGUGCCCACCAACUUGUGCUCCCACCCUGCGAUGUUGUAAUCAAGGCUGUGGCUGACUAUGUCCGCAACAUCCCAGACAUCACCGACUUGGAGGCCAUUGCUAAGGACAUCUUCAAGCAUUCACAGUCGUGCACUGAUGACAAAGUCAUCCGCUUCAAGAAGGCAGUGGAGUACUACUCAGCGGCCAGCACACCCCCUCUAUUCCCUCCACAGUUAGUCAGACCAAAACACUUGGGAGUGCCUGCAGCAGUGCCAUCUCCAAAAGUGCUCAACAUUCCACAGGGGCCACUGCCUGUAAAACCUGGGAUCCAGCACCCGUACCCAGAGCCUCUGGUGGAGUGCAGCCUGGCCCUGGACUCGGUGGAGAAAGACCUCCCGGAGCAAAACAGCUUCAGCAACAUUCCUCAUGAAGGGAAGCACACACCGCUGUAUGAGAGGUCCUCUCCCAUCAACCUUGGCCAGGCCGGCAGCCCCAUCAACACAGAGGCUGCUUUCUUUAACGCUUCCUCCACAUCCUCCUCCUCCUCCUCGGAGAAUGAAGAGAGCUCGGGCACAACUGCCAAUCAUGUUAGCGACCAUAAGGGAGGAUGGGAGAAAAACGGACAUACUCCACAUUCUGAAAACACACCAGAGGGAGACCUGGGGGACCAAACUAAAGCUGACCUCUGUGUGACCCCUACUGCGAGCCCGGGGUCACAGGCCAUAUGUCUCCACAGCUUGAAUGCCCAGAUCCCCUCCCUGCUCUCCAUGCCCACCAGGAACCACAUGGACAUCACCAUCCCACCUCUCCCUGCUGUGGCCCCUGAGGUCCUACGGGUGGCUGAGCACAGACACAAGAAGGGCCUUAUGUAUCCCUACAUCUACCAUACUCUCACCAAGGGAGAGAUUAAGCUAUCAGUCACCAUUGAAGAUGAAGCUAACAAAGACCUGCCCUCAGCAGUGCAGCUGUUUCGGCCUAUCCGUCAGUAUGUUUACGGAGUGCUCUUCAGCCUGGCCGAUGCCAGGAAGAAGGCUGAGAGAUUCACCACGAGGAAGAACUGCCUCCUUGAAUAUACACAUGUCAUGGUCAAAGAGUGGGCCGCCUACAAAGGCAAGUCUCCCCACACUCCAGAGCUGGUGGAGGCUCUGCCCUUUAGGGAGUGGACCUGUCCCAACCUGAAGAAGCUGUGGUUGGGGAAGGCUGUGGAGGACAAGAACCGCAGGAUGAGAGCAUUCCUGGCCUGCAUGCGCUCCGACACUCCAGCUAUGCUGAACCCUGCCAACGUCCCCACUCCCCUCUUGGUGCUCUGUUGUGUGCUACGGUUUAUGUUACAUUGGCCAGGAGUAAGAAUUUUGCGUCGUAACGAACUUGACGCUUUCCUAGCUCAAGCACUUUCUCCUAAACUUUAUGAGCCUGACCAGCUGCAGGAACUGAAGAUCAACAACCUGGACCCUCGAGGAGUCCAGCUGGCCGCUCUGUUCAUGAGCGGAGUGGACAUGGCUCUAUUUGCCAAUGACGCAUGUGGACAGCCUAUUCCCUGGGAGCACUGCUGUCCCUGGAUGUACUUUGAUGGCAAGCUGCUUCAGAGUAAACUCAUCAGAGUCAACAGGGAGAAGGCCCAGCUCAUUGACCUCUGUGAUGGUCAGGCUGAGCUGGUUGCCAAGGUGGAGAAGAUGCGUCAGAGCAUCCUGGAAGGUCUCAACUUCACUCGGCCGCCUCAUCCUCCUCCAUUCCCACCUCCGCCACUUCCACCUCCUCACAGGAUGCCUUUCUACCCUCCCACUGGCUCCUUCUACCCCCCACCCCCAAUGAUGCCUCCUCAGGGGAGAGGCAGAGGGAUGCCUGGAAUCUCGUCGCAGGGUGGGAAGCUGGAGAUAGCUGGCACUGUGGUGGGUCAGUGGGAUGGAGCCAGACGCAGCCGAGGAAGAGGAGGCUUCCCUGUCCAGGUGGUGUCUGUUGGUGGACCAAAUAGAGGUCGUCCCAGAGGUGUGAUUUCCACGCCCGUCUUCAGGACGUUUGGUCGAGGAGGCAGGUACCACACUCGGACCUUCAAGAGUCAGGGAGCAUACCUGGGUAAGCCUGCUCAUAAGCCUGCUCAUACAUCUGGACAUGAUGCAGUUAAGGAGAGAAAGAAGCCCAAGCCAGAGGAGAGGAAAUCCUCUCCUGCACCUCGUGACGGCUCCACCACAGAGAACGGUGUGGAGGACAAAGAGCCAGGCCAGCUGAACGGAGAUAAAGAGGAAUGCAGGGCUCUCAUCCAACCUGAAAGUGCCUUUAGCAGUGACUCCAAGACGUGCAAUUCUAAUCCUCACUUAAAUGCACUAAAUGUAGACAGCGGCUGCCACAGAGAUGAAGGUCUGGAGGCCGCCGUCUUAAAAAAAGAAGAUGAUCAGAGAAACGGUGUAUUCCCCCAGUCGCCCCCGCAAGAGCUAAAUCGGUUACCUUCUAUGUAAGUUGAUCAGAGUUUCUUCCUAACUCAUGGAUUGUAAAAGAAUGAACUGCUGUUGGGUUUGAUUGAAUGUUGAUGGAUUGUGGUGUGGUGUAUUUGAAGGCAACUUAGCUACAAUGCUUAAUAAAACUAUAUUCUUUUAAGUACAAA